UGAGUUUUUGUGAAAAUGAGUCAUUGUUUAUUUUUUAUGACUCAACAUAUAUCCUGUGCACCUUUUAUCCAACAAAAUGUGUUAGAUAGCAUAAAAACUAAUAACUAAUAAAGAGUAUGGUUCAUAAUAUAAUUCUGAGAAAUUUUAACGAAUUGAUGUCUGAGCACCAUAAAACUGAAUAUUUACUACAAGAACAAAGUCAAAAGUAUUAUUCUAGAUUAAUAGAUGUUCUGAAUCCUUCAAAGAAUCAAUUUUUAUUGUUUGGUGAAAAAUCAAUGUUUUUUGAUGAAGACUUUUUUCUACAAAACCAUACAAAUGUAGAAAUUGUAUGGUGUAAAAACGGUGAAUGUGAAAAUUGUAAAGAAAAAAUACCUAAACCAUUAGCAAUCGUGAAUCAAGUUUCAGAAAUUAAAAUCAACAAUGAACAAUAUCAAUCAAAAAGUAAUUUAAACUAAUAGAAAAAUUAAAAUAAUAU